CUCGCCAGUGAAUUUUGGAACGCGUCGCUCAUGUCUAUUGGUCUAUGGAUAUUUUUGAACGCGCCUGUCAUGCUGGUAGCUGGUAGCUGGUAGUAGAUGCACUGUUUAAAUGAUUUAAAUUUUAACGAGUAUACGAGUAAAUGCUCCAAUGCUCGUGAAUGCUCGUAGACGGCAUACUGAAUUGCGUUUACCUGAAUUUUUGAAAGAAAGUUUAAAUACUACUCACUUCCAUUGUAUCUUAAGUAGAUCAACAUUUAUUAUAUUGUUGUUCAUUUAUUUUCCAAAUACUCGAAAAUAAUUUCUACAUACGACUAUGUAUUCACCGUUGUCGCCUCAAGCCAGUCUCAGUUCGGAGUUGAAACAAAUUAUAAAUGAAAGAAAUAUGUUGAGCAUGCGGAGCCGUAUGAAGGUCCUACAGGCUUUGAACGAAAAUAACGAGAGAUGCGCUGAGGAGAGGAAAAGAAUUUUAAGAUUACAAGCCAUUCAAGAAAUAUUAACUACGGAGGUUACUUAUUUACAACAAUUGGAAACUUUGGCAAACUUUUUCAUACAACCUAUUCUCGAGAGAAAAUUGCUGAAUCACCCAUUACUUGCUACUCUAGCUGAAAAUAUAAAAACGCUAUACAAUGUGAGUGGUGAACUAGUGGCAGGAUUAAAAUGUAAUCCUGAUAAUAUAGCUGGAGUGUUUCAUAAACUUGCACCAUUCUUCAAGUUAUAUUCUGUUUAUGCUUAUGAUUACACACAAGUACUGAAUCUAUUACAGACCAGUGAGGAGAAUGAUGCUGCCUUUAAAAAAUUUAUUUCUGAUCAAGAGACAAGGCCAGAAGUAGGCAGGAAAUUAUCUUCAUUACUAAUUACACCAGUACAAAGAGUACCAAGAUAUCAAUUACUUGUUAAAGAAGUAUUACAACAUACCCCUUAUGGACAUAGAGAGUACAGACAUUUACAGGCAUGUUUGGUUGAAAUUGAAAAGUCUGCGAAACACAUAAAUACCUUAAUCGCGCAAAAUGAAGAGACGCAAAAAUUAUUGAAUCUUCAGAAGUGUAUUGUUACUUCUAUUAAUCUUGUGAAACCUGGUAGAAUAUUAAUCAAGCAAGGACCAUUGAUGCGUGUUUCAAGACGGGGCAAUUCAGCUUAUAAGAGAUAUUUUGUUCUUUUAAAUGACACUUUAUUGUAUUGUAAAGGCGAACCAGAAACAUCGUUGAAUGUAUCUUGUGUUCUACCAUUAAACAAAUGCAAUCUGACUUGCGUUCUGAGCAAAAAACUGUUUCGUAUAACAUGUUUGCACGAAACGUUCUUAUUGUACUCGGAAAUAGGUGACAGUGACGAAUGGAUACAAUCUAUACAAAAUGCUAUCAAAAAAUAUACCGAAUGCAGACAAACUUUAAGAAAGGAAAGUAGCUCGAGAAAGCCACUUAGACAUAAAAAUAUUAAUAAAUUUCCAUCAGAUGAUAUACCAAAAAAAUCUGUCAAAAGAAAAAGAUGUAGGGAAGAUGAACAGGUAUCAUUAGAUACCUCCAACAUAAUAUACUUUAAAAAGGAUAAUGAAAUGGACAAAGAUAUUAAAAGCGAUAAUACUUGUUUAUCUCUUCAUAAAACCAAGAGAUUUAAACAGGAUGAGUAUUCUGUAUCGAAAACUGACUGUAUCCAAGAGCUGAAAAAUACAAAAUCAUGUAAAAACAAAAAUAUACAAUAUAUAUCUGUAUACAGAUGUUUAAAAAAGUCAAAUAACAAUAAUACUCUUUUGAAAACAACAGGGAUACACAGAAGUACAAGCUCGUGUUCGAUCACAUCGAACACUAAAGAACACGCAUCACUGUUCCAAAUGAUCAAUGAAUUUUUUACAUCUAUUGGUACAACAAUAAAAGACCUUUUCACAUUCAGAUAAUUUAUAUAUGCGUCGUGCGUGCGAGAGAGAGCGCGCGCGCGCGUGUGCAUGCGUAUGUAUAUAAAUAGAUUACAAUUGUAUAUAAAUAAUAAAAGAGAAAUUAUUAUACUUUAA